AUGACAAAGAAAAAUAAUACAGAAUUAGAGCUAAAAGUAGAAAACAAAAGGAAAGCUAAUAAUAAAGAAUUAAAGAAAGUUGUAGCAGAAGAGUUGGUGCAUAAACUAGAAAAGAUAUUACUUGUUACAUUGAUAUUAAUAGAUACUAAAAUCGUAGUAAAUACACAAAGGCCAGGUAAAGGUGAUAAACAAAAAGAAAUGUCA